GUCCUAUGCAAAUGCGACCCAAUCGGAUAUGCAAGCUUAUUAUUGUGAUACAGAACGAUCGCAUGGAGUAGCAAAUACUGUAGUAUCCAGAUCAUCCUUAUCGCCACCAAAAACAAUCCAAUUACCUGCCAUUUCUACGCUCACGAUCAACAGGCCAUUGCCACACGCACAACUUGCUCCUAUCCAUUUUUCACCGGCCGACAAGACGAAAUCAUUCAAUUCCUCCUAUCCAUUUAAUUCAAAGCCAUCCAUGACGAGGAUCACUUCACGCACAGCCGCUUCGGAUAAGAUGCACCAUCAGUUUGUAUGCAGUUACGUCGAUCCAGUCACAGGUCGUACUUGUCACCAAUCCUUCCGACGUUCGUAUGACUUGUCGCGGCAUCAAACGAUCCACCAGCAAAAUCGGCCUCUGUGUCGAUGUGAUCAUUGUGGCAAAAAGUUUACUCGGUUGGACGCUUUAAGGCGCCACGAAAGAGUCCAGGGACACUUUAGUGCCACGACCCGUGUUGAAAGGUCCAUGAAAAUUACUAAACUUUGCUCUCCGUAAAAUAUUUUGAUUCAUCUUAUUUCCUUCUUCUCUUUGUAAAUACACAUGAUAAUCUUUACUAUUUGCUUUCAAACGUCACUAAUUCACACCUACAUACAAUAAAAAAUUGAUGUUACUGGAUGGGUCAUUUUCAAUUAAUAGAGAAGAGAGAUCAAUAGCACUAGACGCACCAGCGUCAACUCCUUUUUUUCCAACAUCAGCCCUUCUAAAUAAUUGCGCUUAGUUAUCUUCAAAUAAUCGUUACUAAAAAUCUCUCGGUUCGCGUUUCCACCUGUGGUACAGUUAUCGGGUCCAUGAUAUUCGAGAGCAGUCCAUAAGAAAAGCUGAUUAUGCUUUAUAUCUCUAUCUAUUCAGCAGCUCUUGGUUCCGCC